AUGAGAUCACAACAAUUCCUCUUCUCUCAUUCAUCUCUCCUUAUAAAUGUGGUGGUUGUAACCACAACACUCUUGCUCCUAUUCACUUCUUUCAUUUCAGCGACUCGAAUCUGUUACAUUAAUCAACCUGGUGGAGGAUCUGGAGGAAUUACACCCUACACCUUCACAGAGAGUGGAAUUGUUUGUGUGAGAUAUGGCUAUAAAUGUAAACAAAAUGAUUCUUCAUGUAGUGCCUCAGAAAUUGCUCAAGGUACCAUUAAGAAGACUUACACGGGUGUGAGUCAAGCGACGUGUGAUAGCAUGAAAUCUGCACCUACUGUCUAUUUGGAUACGUAUUGUUGCAACACUGAGUUGUGUAAUGGAGAUUCCACCAAUAAUGGAGGAAUGAGCUUGAAUGUCAUGGGAAUCCAAUGGAUGAUGAAUCGUAUCAUGAUUGUUUUGUGUAUGGUUGUGGUGUGUAUGAUGGUAUUGUAA